AUGCAUCAUUCAAUCAUUCAAGUUCAAUACGAAACAACAACGCCCGAGCAUAGGCGAAGCAGCGGAAGUCGACUGCAUUCGGCAACUUUAGGCAAAACUCGUUAUCCGGCGGCGGUACCCAAGAAAGAACGAAGGCAGCAGCAAAAUGACAACAUGAAGUUGAAGCGCAUUAUGUUCGGACGAUCGGUGACGUCAACGGAAGAAUCAACAACUCAUUCACAGGAAGUGAAUGAUUAUUCGUCGUGUAAUGGCUAUGUUGGCAGCCAUGACGGCCCGCAUCUGACAGCAGCGUUAAUGUCAAACUCUGAAAACAGCAACGGAGGUUAUGCAGAUUGUAAACAAUCAGAGGUGGGUCGUCGACGUAAUUUUCGUCAACGAAACUAG